AUGAGUCAGGAACGUGAAGUCGACACUGCAAUGAAUUCACGUCUCUUCCUGCUGCCCAUCAUCUGUCCUCGACUCUGCGUCGUUUCGUGGCCAAAGACGUCCUCGCUGCUGACAUGUGCGAGCGAGCAAGCCUGA